CGCAGAGGAAGUUUUCGAAGUUGAUUCAAAUUGGGAGUCCUGAUAUUUUAAAGGUAUGAAUCUAGCCUUAAAAGAGGGAAGAUGUGCAAAGAACUAGAUUAGUUUUAGAAUUUCAAAUUCUAAUAGGGCUAGAUUAUUAUCUGUAAUUUUAGGGAUUGAGAUAAGAAUUUAGAAUUAGAAAAGGGUUUGGGUUCUCCUUGUUUCUGUAUAAAAGGGGAAGCUUCGGCUUUGAGAAGGGAGGUGGAAAAAUGGGGAAAAAAAUCGAGGAGGGAGAAGGGAAGAGAAUUGGCGAGCCUGGAAGGAAAAUUGGAGAGAUUGAGAGGAAGUACAGCAGCUUUGCAAUGCAUAGUGCUACAGGAAGAUCUCCAUUUUCCAUAGUAUACCAGAAAGUGCCUAAUCAUGCUGUAGACUUAGUGAAGUUGCCAAGAGUGAGGGGCAUUAGCAUUGCAGCAGCAAACUUGGCUGAGCAAAUCCAAGAAGUUCAAGCUGAGGUCAAAGCCAAGCUUAAGGUGACAAAUAGCAGGUACAAGCAGGCAACAGAUGUGCAUCGAAAGGACAAGGCAUUUGCAGUAGGGGAUAUGGUAAUGGUCCUUUUGAAGAAGGAACGCUAUCCAGCAAGUACCUACAAUAAGCUGCUGCCACGCAAAUAUGGUCCUUAUAAGAUCCUCAAGAAAAUUAACAACAAUGCUUAUGUGGUAGACUUACCAACAUCAAUGAGUAUUUCUCGAACUUUUAAUGUCGUUGAUAUUUUCCCUUACUUUGUUUCAAGUGAAUCACUUUAUCCUGCGGAUGUUGAUGACAACUCGAGUUUGCUUCACAUUCGUCAAAAGAUAGUUGAACUGGCGCAGAAUUUCAUCUUGAAGGGAGAAUAAUCACUUCUUGUUUCAAAUAACAAAAUUGUUCCCAAAGAUAUAACUAUUUAAUACCUUCCUAUGGUCAUUUAAGAGGGACAAGGACAAUUUCCUCUCCUUCAAAGUAGCAUUAUUGUAUAGUUAACUUGACAUCUAAUUUUGGAGCUCCCCAGAGAAAAAUUUGAGCUCUUGCUGAUACCAACACCUUCAAAUAAUGGAUAAUGAUUAUUUCAAAACAAACAGGUCUUAUCGUGUCCUUGGUAUAUAUAGUGCCUUCACCAAUAUGCUUGAUUAAAAAGAAACAUCCUCAUAAGAACCCUUUUUUACCACAUAACAAUUCAUCAUUAGACAUGUCAUUGGAAAAUCCACUCUGCUCUUAAGAGUGAAAAUUGCAACAUGGGACUGGGUGUCAAAUAUGAUGUAAUGGAGCAAAGCUUUUUGUUUAGUGAUCCAGUAGCUCCUCAUUAGCCUGCCCAUAGAUGAAUGUCAACCCAUUAACAUCCAAGGAUGGAAGUUAGGAAAUUCUCUUUUGAAAUAAGAGUAUUUUAGCUAGUAAUUUACUUGAGCUAAUGAGAGAUAAUCAAACCAUGCAAUUAGA